AUGGCGCCGCCGCCGCCGCGCCUGGCCGCGCCGCUGCUCCUGCUUCUGCUGCUGGGGGCGGGCGGGCCGGGGGCGGCCGCGGGGGCGCGGGGCUGCGCCGAGGCGCGACGGGCGCUGGGCGCGCGGGGGCUGGGGCCGGGCGCGGUGCCCCCCGCGCUCAUCUCGGGGGAGCACCUGCGGAUCUGCCCCCAGGACUACACCUGCUGCUCCAGCGAGAUGGAGGAACACCUCAGCCUGCAAAGCGACCGGGACUUCCGCGCCCUGGUGGAGGACGGCGCCAGCUUCCUGUCCAGCACCCUGGCCUCGCGCCACCGCCGCUUCGAGGAGUUUUUCCGGGAGCUGCUGGCGGCCGCCGAGCGGGGGCUGCAGGCCAUGUUCACGCAGACCUACGGCCGCCUGUACGCCCAGAACGCCCGGCUCUUCCAGGGGCUCUUCACCGAGCUGCGACGCCAUCAGCAGGGCGCCCGGCUCAGCCUGGACGAGGCGCUGGGCGAGUUCUGGGCCCGGCUGCUGGAGCGGAUGCUGCCCCUGCUCAACCCCCAGUACCAGUUCCCCCCGGAGUACCUGGAGUGCGUGGCGCGCCAGGGGGAGGCGCUGCGGCCCUUCGGGGACGUGCCCCGCAAGCUGCGCCUGCAGGUGACGCGGGCGUUUGUGGCAGCUCGGGCCUUUGUGCAGGGACUGGCCACCGGGCGUGAUGUGGUCACCAAGGCCUCCAAGCUGCCCCCCAGCGGCGAGUGCCUGCGGGCCGCCAUGCGCAUGUCUUCCUGCCCUCUGUGCCGUGGGACCCCGGCCCUCAAACCCUGCAAUGCCUUCUGCCUCAACGUCAUGAAGGGCUGCCUGGCCCACCCGGCCGAGCUGGACCCCGAGUGGAACCGCUUCCUUGACGCUCUGAUCCAGGUCGCCGAGCGGCUGGAGGGGCCCUUCAACAUGGAGCUGGCUGCCGACUCCAUCGGGGUGAAGAUCUCGGAGGGGAUCAUGUACCUGCAGGAGAACGGGGUGCAGACCUCUGCCAAGGUGUUUCAGGGCUGUGGGACCCCCCGCCCGGCCCCCGCCCGAUCCCGCCGUGCCGCCCGGGAUGACACCAAGCGUCGCUUUCGCACCUACCUGCCCGAGGAGAAACCCACCACAGCCGCAGGAACCAACCUGGAUCGACUGGUGACGGACGUGAAGGAGAAGCUGCGGCUGAUGCGGGGGUUCUGGGUCACCCUGCCCCACACGCUCUGCAGCGACGGGAAGGUGGCGGCUGAUGUGACAGACGAGGACAAGUGCUGGAACGGGCAGGCCCGGGGCAGGUACCUCCCGGAUGUGACGGGGGAUGGGCUCGUGAAUCAGAUCAAUAACCCGGAGGUGGAAGUGGACAUCGGGCGGCCCGACCUGCUCACCCGCCAGCAUGUCCUGCAGCUGCGGGUGGCCACCAGCCGCCUGCAGGGGGCCUACGGGGGCCAGGACCUCGACUUCCAGGACACCUACGAGGACGGCAGUGGCUCAGGAGGGGGCGAGCGGUACAGCGAGGACUGGCCGGCUGGAGGGGGCAGUGUCAGCAAUUCGGGGUCCCGCCCCCCGGACUCCCGUUCGCCCCGCAAGGACCGGCCUGGCAAGGGCUCCAGGCAGAACCACCGCGUGGGGGGCAGCAGCAGCCGUGCCGCCUCCUGGGGGGGGCCCUGCCCUCCCCCUCCUGCUGCUCCCCACCCUGAUGCUGCCUCUGCUGGGGCGGUAACUCCCCAGGCGCCUUGAAUGUAGGGGGGGAUCCCUCACUUGGGGUGCAGCUGGGGGGGACUUGCAUCUUCCAGGGGCUCCCCCCGCCAGCCGGGGGAACUGGGGGGGGGGGGUUUGGGGAUGGAGAGCGAGAUGGGAAGUAGCAUUAGGGGAGGAGGGAUGGUGGGGGGUAGCAGGUGAGGUUUAUCUAGCUCCCCAGGGGGAAUUGCCAAGGGGAGGGAAGGGGGGCUAGGUUAGUUAGGCCCUGAGCCGGGGCUGAGCAUGGACGAAUGUACUGGGGGGGCAGGGUGUGGGCCCCACACAGAGCUUUUAUUUUUUUACGUUGGUUUUUUUUUACAGGGUGUAUUUAUUUGGGGGGUUGUUUUUUAAUGAGGCAACGGCCAGGUUAAUUUUUUAUAGGGUGGGUGGUGGGGGCAGGACUGAUUUAUUUCCUAGUCUCUUUCCAGAACACACAUUUCCCCCCGCCCCCCGGCUCGCCCUGCCCCGGUGGCCCAGCUCUGAGCAGCCCCAGCGAGUCUCGGUCUCUCUCCCCCCGCCCCAGUAUCCACCCUACAGCAGGGCAGGGAAUGGGGUGGGAGCUCCUGGCUUCCUGCAGCAAGGAGUGGUCCUGCCCCACUCCCCGCAGCGCCCCUGCUGGGGGAGGCCGGGCCUGGAGAAGCCGGGCACUCCCCUCCGGCAGGGGGGCAGCAUCCCCAGGGCUGCUGGGCGUGGGGCGACUUUCCCGGGCCUGGCACUAGGGGUUUUGUAGCACAAUGUACAGUAGAUGCCGAUCUGGCUUUUUAAGGGAGCGAACCUUUUUUUAACGAGUUUGGACGACUUCUCCGUGUUGGUUUUGUCUUUUUUUAUCACACAAUAAAACAUUUAAUUUAUUGACUCUCA